AUGUUUUGUACGAAGUUAAACAUUUCAACUUCUUUUAAAUGUAAUAAUUAUUUUAGGUAUCAUCGAUUUUCAAGUUUAGUUCAAAGAAAACACCCAAAUUUCACAAAAUAUCGAUCAACAAACCCUAAUAAAUCAUCGGAUUCACAAUCUACCAUAAAGAAUGUUGAUACUUUCAAGGACUUGGGAAUAAGAGAAGCAAUAUGUAAAGCACUACAACAAAAUUUCAAUAUAACAAAACCAACACCAUGUCAACAACAAUCAAUCCCUCAAAUUAUAUCUGGAAAUGAUGUAUUUAUUCGAGAUUUAACUGGAUCUGGGAAAACAUUUGGAAUAGUUUUAGCAUUACUUAGUAAAACACGUACAUUACCCAAAACAUUAUCUUCUCGUCCAUCUGUAUCAUUGAUGACAACAAGUUUAUUCGUAGUUCCAAGCAGGGAAUUGGCAUUUCAAAUAGAAUCUUGGAUUCAUAUGUUAUUACGAGAUACAAAGUUACCUAUGAAAUCAAUAAUUCAAGUUGCGGUCAGAACUUUUCCGGAAAUUGAAGCUGAACAAGUGAAAAAUAUUAAAGAAACACCUCCAAAUAUACUUGUGGGUACAGCUACAAGACUAUUGGAUUUAGUUGAAGCACACGGAUUAAAGUUUCGCGGAUUGAAUACUUUGGCAUUGGACGAAGCUGAUCAUUUGAUCAAAUUGCCUGGAAAACACGCAAUAAUGAAAAAAAUUAUAAAUCGAGAAAUACAUCCCAAACCAACCGAAUUAUUAGCUAGGCAUAUUUUAAGUGAAUUAAAUGACGUUGAUUCAAGAGAUAAUAGAAGUCCUGAGAUGGUUCACUACAAGAAAAAACCACAAUUGAUUGUGAGUUCAGCUACAUUAAAUAGAGCGUUAAGAUAUUAUUUCAAAGAUAAUCAACUCGCACCGGAUCCGAUACUUGUUGACAUGAGUAAAGGGACAUUUUCUCCUCCAACAAUUUCUCAUCAUUGUCUUACCGUUACAUCAAAUAAUAUCAGAAAUUUAGCGACUUCUAUUUCAGUUAUAGGUGAAGAGGAAAGAAUUCAAGAAUUCGAAGAUGAUGAUGAUCGAAUGAUUGAUAGCAUAGUAGGAGCUAUUGAACUUGAACAACAUAAAAUACAGACCGGAAUUAUUUUCGUCAAUCAUAAAACCAAUGUCCCAAAACUUGUAAAUAAAUUUAGAGAAUAUGGAGUUCCUGCAAAAGAUUUAAGUUCCUCUUAUAUUCCAACUAAUAGCGAACAAGGUUAUUCCUAUAAUUCACUUAGCACGAUUGAAACUGAUUUAAAUGAUUUUACGGCUAAACCUACAUUUUCACCCAAGACGACGAUAUAUGUAGCACAAGAAUACACGUCACGUGGAAUUGAUAUUCCUCAUAUUUCUCAUGUAUUUAUUCUGGGAGUGCCAAGUUCAUCUGCCGAAUACUUACACAUGUCCGGGAGAACCGGUAGAAUGGGUAGAGAUGGUAAAGUAAUAAGUUUUAUUAAAGAUGGUCAAAAAAGAAUUAUGAUGAAUUAUAUUACUCUGUUAGAUUUAAAUAUUGACAAAUAUGAACAUGUAAAUUAA